AUGCAAAGAGUAAAGCAUCGCAAACCGCCAUCGCUGCACCUGCAUACUUCCUCCAGAGAAUCUUCCCCCCGAUCGUCGUCCGCCAUUUCGGACUGGGACGCAGACGACGAAGGCUUCAUGUCGUCUGGGGAUUGCCUGCCUUCGAGGCCACUGAGCCUCGUCAUACCGCCGGGAUUCUGUCAUCGGCGGCCAACGCUACAAGAUGUCCUCUCGAAUUCCGCCCCGCAGCCAUUUACCCUCAGUGCCUUCAUGGCAUAUCUCUCACAAAAACGGUGUUUGGAGACGUUGGAAUUCACGAUUGAUGCCAAGAAGUAUACCGAACUGUAUCGAGAAAUAACCACUCGAGACCCUACCUCACCACGGUCCCCACAAUCGCCCGACCACGAGUACGUCCGCAUGUUAUGGAUAAAGUUACUAGAUGCCUACAUCGUACCGAAUGGGCCUAGGGAAGUCAAUCUGCCUUCUCAUGUCCGUGAUCGUUUAGUAUCGUUGCCGUGCAGCUCAACGCCACCAGAUCCGGCCGCACUCGAUGAAGCGGUCAAGAUCAUAUAUGAGCUUAUGGAUGAGUCUGUUCUCGUCCCUUUUCUCAAUUCUGUCGCACCCGCACGGCCUGCCGAUGCCACGCCGUACCCGUGGGCUUCGGACGAUUCCAACAUGGACACGCAAAUGACGGGGACCUUGGAGGAAUGGUCAAUGUCUCCUAAAUCUCGGAGGCAAAGGCACGAUAGCCCUCCAAUCGGAGAUACAGGAAGUGAUACUGCUUCGGACAGUGGGGCAUCACCACGACUAUCUCAACCACCACAUCUUUCGACAUCCUUAAUACGAGGAUCGCACACUUCCGCCCACCUCAAUCCCUCGCCUGGCGCCUCGUCAGCUGAAUCACCAGAGGGUUUAACCGAUGACAGCACCGAAUCGCUGACCCCUUCUGCGACUGGUAAGGAGCCCAUGACGCCGCCGAGCACACCACCAACUUCCCAUGUAGCCUUCGCCGAGACUUCACCUGGGACUAGCCCCAAUACCAAUACCAACCUCAACCAGAAUGAAGGCAGCAGUGCCUGGAAGAAGAUGGGUGCAAAAUUCGGCUUUAAAAGAAGCCGCUCGGCACAUAGCUCUACCUCGAGUAUCCGGAGCAACUCGCCCUACCACGCUGGAAGGGCGACGAGUCCCGCGAAUGGUAAUGGCUUAUGA